GUAUCAUGUGACUUGUUCUUGACAACAUGGCGUCCAGGCAAAACAAGACGUUUGCUGUUGGGAGUUUUAAGGCGUUUUUGUCCGCUUUGUGUUGUAUGUGUGCGUGUGUUGGAGCUGAAAUACGAACCGCUGUCAUUGACAAACACACCGGACAGCUGUCGGUUCAGGAGGGAUACCGGAAAGACUUUGUCGCUUGGGCAAACUUCACUGAUGACAUUAACAAAUCAGGCUGGUCUUUCCUGGAGAUCACUACCAGCAGUCAGUACAAUGACAGUAUCCAGGCUUAUGCAGCCGGUGCAGUGGAGGCUGCAGUCACAUCUCAGCUCAUCUAUAAGCACUGGAUGAACACUCUGAUGGAUUACUGUGGGCCCUUCACAUCUCAAUCCGGUUACUGUGAGCGCCUUAAGGCCUUCAUCGCAACCAAUUUGCAGUGGGUUCAGGAGCAAGUGGAGAAGCAGCCCAGUUCACCCUACUGGUACCAGGUGCGUCUGGCGCUGCUGCAGCUGAAAGGUCUGGAGGACAGCUUCAAUGACGAGCUGUCAUUUCCAUUAGGGUCGUUCUCCUUCAACCCAUUCGGCUUCCUACUUUUUCAAAUAGGCGGGGAUCUGGAGGACUUGGAAUCUGCUCUAAACAAAUCCAGCCAAACUAGACCUCUUGGAUCUGGCUCCUGUUCUGCUCUCAUUAAGCUGCUGCCAAACAAUAAGGAGCUGCUGGUGUCACAUGACACCUGGGCCACCUACCAGUCCAUGCUGCGCAUUAUGAAGAAAUACAUGUUUGCCUUUAGAGUUUCUCCUUCAGAAGAGGGUUUUAUUCCUGGAGGAACUCAGGCGUUCUCCUCUUAUCCUGGAUCGAUCUUCUCUGGAGAUGACUUUUAUAUCCUAAGCAGUGGCUUGGUUACCUUGGAAACCACCAUUGGCAACAAUAACCCUGCUCUCUGGAAGUUUGUUCAGCCAACAGGAGCUGUCAUGGAGUGGUUGAGGAACAUUGUGGCCAAUCGUCUGGCUGCUACUGGCAAAGAGUGGGCCAUGAUAUUCAGCAAGUACAACAGUGGAACGUAUAACAACCAGUGGAUGAUUGUGGACUAUAACCACUUCACUCCAGGAAGAACUGACAUUAAAGAGGAGCUCUUUGUUGUACUGGAGCAGAUUCCCGGACAAAUUGUCUACUCUGAUAAAACUCAGGAACUGCUGGAGAAAGGAUACUGGGCAAGUUACAACAUACCGUACUACGUAGACAUAUUCAAUGCCAGUGGCUGCAAUGAGCUGGUUGAGAAGUUUGGUCCGUGGUUCUCUCUGGACAAUAAUCCUCGGGCUCAGAUAUUCAGGAGAAACCAGACAGCUGUCACAGAUGUGGACUCAAUGGUCCGCCUUAUGAGGUAUAAUAACUUUAAGGAAGACCCAUUGUCCAAGUGUGAAGGCUGUGAUCCACCUGCGAAUGGAGAGAAUGCUAUCUCAGCCCGUUCAGACCUGAACCCGGCUAAUGGCACAUAUCCGUUUGGCGCCUUAAGGCAGAGGUCCCAUGGAGGAACAGACAUGAAGAUGACCUCCUUUGGGAUGUUUCGUGACUAUGGUAUGCUGGCAGUGAGCGGACCAACAUGGGACCAGGUGCCACCCUUCCAGUGGAGCACAUCACCUUAUAAAGACCUGAUGCACAUGGGUCACCCUGAUACUUGGGCAUUCAAGCCUAUAAAAGUCACCUGGACUCCUUAACUGUUAUUACGCCGUAUAUACAAGUGGCAUGAUCAGUGUAAAUACUGCCAGCUGUUUGAAGUUUUGAAAAAGGGAAAAGAUACUUAGAAUCAAUGUGACAUGCCUUUUAUGAAUGUCUAGGGCUGCCCCCGAUUAGCUGACUAACCUGUAAUUUUAGUCUAAGGAGACACAAGUGUUGUUUUUGUUUGAUUCUUUGCGGAGAAACUCAGGUUUUACAGAUCUGUUGAUUAAAUCUUCUAAUAGAUCGAUCAACAAGUUGCGUAUGAGCGUUAGUCGACUAAGGAUUUCUUUGGACCUGGACAGCCAUAAGAUAGUAACAUUAUUGAUUCUCAGGAGAGUGGCAAUAAAAUUCAUGAUAAAAAUGAAGUAUUACAGUAAUGGAACUAUUUGCAUAAUUAAAGCACACAUUGUUAGAGAGAGCUUUAAAUGUAAGGCAAUAUGAAAAACCCUUCACAACCUUGCUGAUGUAAGUGGAAGCUUCUACAUAUAUAUAUAUGAUUUUAUAUCUAUGUCAACAUGUAAAUUCUACCUAUUUAAAUUCUGAUGAGUUAAUGGAGUUGAACAUUUUUUCGACAAGACUAUACCUUUUUUGAAUAAAUCACUAAGUGUAGGCAAAUGUUUUGAUCAUGAGUCAAAUAGUUUUUGAAUAAAUCUGAUACAAUGCAUUGUAUGAUUUUCUCAAUAAAGUG